AUGGAUAAACGUAUAGCAGCAAUCAAAGACGGUACAGAAAUAAGACGUUAUGUUAGAAUUCAGGUUAUUGGUAAAGAAGGAGUUGGCAAGUCGAGCCUUGUACGUAGAUUAGUUGGAAAUUCUAAUAUGAAAGUAAACAGCACGGAUGGAAUCGAUAUUGUUACAAAAUGCAAAAUAAGAACAACUGAUGGUAAAUGGGUUAUUGGAAAAGUUGAAACUGAGAGGGAUAAAAUAAUGAAAAGGAUACAAGAGACUGUUCGUAAAGAACCAAAGCAAAGCGAACCAGUUAAUAGUGAAGGAAUUCCAUGUGACGGAGAUAACACAGAAAAAGAAGCAAAUAUUUCAAAACAAGAACAUAAAUCCCCAACUAAAGAUAGAAUAAGAAUUGCAUCACCAGGUACAAAUACAGUAGAACCAUCAUUGACAGGUGAAAACAAAGUAAACAUAGGACAUAAUGUUACCAUCGUUGAAAAAAAGUCUGAAACUGACAUACCUAACGAAAAUGUUGGUGUUCUGUCAAAAGAUAUAAAAAAAGCCGACGAUUUAGUAAAAACUGACGAUAUGAUGAAAACAAUUACCGAACAAAUGGAUAAAAUUCUUUUAAAAAUCAAGAAAGAUCAAAACAAAAUGACAUCUGAGAGUUUAGUAGAAUGUGGUCUCUGGGAUUUUGCAGGUCAGAAAGACUAUUAUGCCACACAUCAAACGUUUUUAAAUCCACAUGCUAUCUAUCUUCUUGUUACAAAUAUAUCUGACGACAUAUCAGCUACAGGAGAUGAGACAGACUUUGAUUCAAUUGAAGAAUACAUUGACUUUUGGUUUGACAGUAUUCAUUGUUUGAGUACGAGUUCUCCAGAAAAGAAGACCAAUAUACCAAAGGGGUAUCCAAAACAUAGAUUAUACCCACCAGUUAUUGUAGUGUGCACUCAUAUUGACGAGUAUAAACCACAUAAGUUGGAAAUGAGAAAAAAAGAAUACAUCAACAGAUUUCAAGGCAUUUUUGGAGGUCAAGAUAAAGCUAAUCACAAUAGAGGCAUACAUUUUAUUUCUAACACAGAAUCUUUUGAACUCGACUGUAAAAAAUUGAAGGACACUAUUUAUGAAGUUGCAAAAGAGACGAUGUUCUUUGAGGAAGCACUCCCAACGCAGUGGAUUCAACUGGAAAAUGCGUUAAGCGUGUUGAAACAUGAAUCGAAACAGAAUAUAUUGUCAUUCCAGAACAUUGUGGAAUUAUCCCAAAUAACUUUCAUCGGAAAAGAACAACUUCUUCCUUUCCUCACUUACCAACAUAAAAUUGGGAACAUUAUUUUUUUCGAAGACAUUAAUGAGUACAUCAUUUUACAGCCAGAGUGGUUGGUUAAAUGUUUCAGGUGCCUAGUAUGCGAUGACCAUGAAUUCAAACGAAAUCAUGCAAUAGUUAACUCGACUAACUGGCAACAUCUGGAAAAAACAGGACAGUUAUCAGAUGACAUAAUUGAUAGGCUUUUUGAAAAAGAACCUGAGUUAGAGUUUGGAAAAUAUAAAACUCACAUACUUAAUGUAAUGGAAAAAUUUGAUAUUUUAGUAAAACCCAAGUUUAAAGAUACCAAAGACAAUUCGAGCUCAAUACCAGACUCAUACUAUAUGCCAUGUAUGAUUAAACAACAAUCGACUUCUCUCGAUAGUAUUAGGAACAUGUUUGAAGGGGAAAACUGUAGAUUUAGUUGUUCACCAUGGUUGAUACUUGAAUUUAAAUUUCUCCCCCUGGCUUAUUUCAAUCACAUUUUAUUCUAUUAUUUUACAAGAUAUGAAGUCUGUGAGAAAAAGGCACAGAAAACAUUAUAUAGAGGAAAGACACUGGUCAAUUUAGAUAAAACUGGACUCAGAAAGUUAUGUAUCUGUUUCUCAAAGAAUGCCAUAGCCUUACAGGUAUGGACAUUAUCGGAUGUAGAUGAUAACAUAAAUAGAACUAUUUUAGAAGAGCUAUGUAAAAAGAUUGAGGAGUUAAAGGAAAGAUUAAGACAGAGCAUAUCUUACGAUAUAAAAGCAAAAUGUAGCAAAGGUGACUACUCUAAUAAAGAAGGCAGAAUGACCUUUGAAGAACUUGGUGAAAAGUGUGAAAAUGGACACUACGUCUGUUCUGAACAUAAUGAAAGGCAUAGUAAAGACGACUUAGAGAAAACCUGGUUACAGCAUGCUGACAUAGUAAUGGCGAAACUAAAUACAGAGCAGGCUGAAAAAAAUCCACAGAAUAGUAUAGGUAAUUGA